GACCUUUCUCUGCCCAAGAACUUCAACAAACCCUUGACUUGCUUCUUCUGGCACCAGUACGGAAGGUGCAACAAAAGAGACGUGGAUUGCGCGUACGCGCACUGGGAUACAGGCUUUUUGGCAGCGGGCCCCAUCCAUCUACCGGCAUCGGAUAGUAUUGCUGGCAAGAAUGCGCAAACGUUCACGUCCUUGUCAUCACAAGAUGAAUCCGGCUUUGCCAUGAAGCUCGUAGAGAUCAAGGAGCGGGAGUAUAUGUUAAGACUGAGGGAGUUGGACGUAAGGGAGAAGGAGAAGAGCAUUGCUAGGCGCGAGCAGGAUUUAGCGCAGAGCAUACGGCAUAGAAACAAGGAACUUGGUCUUAGAGAAAAGAGGGUGGCAAGGAUGGAAGAGGCCUCAAGAAGCGCUGGAGAAGGG